AUGAAAUUUUCUGUACUUUCGCUGCUUUCUAUUUUAAUUGCUGCCUCUCAGGCCGUCAUUGCUCAGGCCGAUACUGAUUUUACCCUCGAAAAACGGUCCCCACAAGGAGGUAGAUUCGAUGGCGGGCUCGAAGGAUUUAUUAAAAGGUUAGAGCAGGGAGCUAAUGGUUCAGGAGGUCGUGGUGGAGGUUCAGGUUUCCCCGGUGGAGGUCCACGUUUCCCUGGUGGAGGUUCAGGUUUCCCUGGUGGAGGUCCACGUUUCCCUGGUGGAGGUACAGGUUUCCCUGGUGGAGGUACAGGCUUCCCUGGUGGAGGUCCAGAAGGUCCAGAAAAUCCACGUUUCCCUGGUGGAGGUUCAAGUUUCCCUGGUGGAGGUUCAGGAGGUUCAGAAGAUCCAAGUUUCCCUGGUACCGAAGCUAGCGAGCCUUCGUCUACGACCGGAUUCCCAACACCAGACAGUAGUAUUUCGACUACAACUACGACCGGAUUCCCAACACCAGCCAGUAGCAUUUCGACUACAACUACAACCGGACUCCCAACACCAGACAGUAGUAUUUCGACUACAACUACGACCGGAUUCCCAACACCAGCCAGUAGUAUUUCGACUACAACUACGACCGGAUUCCCAACACCAGCCAGUAGUAUUUCGACUACAACUACGACCGGAUUCCCAACACCAGCCAGUAGUAUUUCGACUACAACUACGACCGGAUUCCCAACACCAGACAGUAGUAUUUCGACUACAACUACGACCGGAUUCCCAACACCAGCCAGUAGUAUUUCGACUACAACUACGACCGGAUUCCCAACACCAGCCAGUAGUAUUUCGACUACAACUACGACCGGAUUCCCAACACCAGCCAGUAGCAUUUCGACUACAACUACGACUAGUAGCACCUCAACUAAAACUAGACGUCCUAGUCCAAGACGCUCAAGAUUACCCAGACAAAGAGGUGGUCGAACUGCACGUCGACCAUCUCGUCGAACUACUUCUGUUAAAACUACCACUACAUUCUCACCAGUCGGUACUACUACAUUCUCACCAGUCGGUACUACUACACUCUCACCAGUCGGUACUACUACACUCUCACCAGUCGGCACUACUACAUUCUCACCAAGCAGUACUACUACACUCUCACCAAGCAGUACCACUACAUUCUCACCAAGCAGUGAAUCACCCAGCGGAGGAGCUCGACCAAAAAUUCAAGGUAGAUUCUGA